AUGGUUAAAGAAACCAAGUACUACGAUGUUCUCGGCGUUGCGCCUACCGCCACUGAGCAAGAGCUCAAGAAGGCUUACAAGACGGGCGCCUUGAAGUACCACCCUGACAAGAACGCACACAACCCCGCUGCCGAGGACAAGUUCAAGGAAAUCUCACACGCCUACGAAAUUCUCUCCGACUCCCAGAAGCGCAGCAUCUACGACCAGUAUGGCGAGGCUGGCCUUGAGGGAGGUGCCGGCGGCGGCGGCAUGGCCGCUGAGGACCUGUUCGCUCAGUUCUUCGGCGGCGGUGGCGGUGGCCUCGGCGGCAUGUUCGGUGGCGGCAUGCAGAACCGCGGCCCUCCCAAGGCCCGCACCAUCCACCACACUCACAAGGUCUCGCUUGAGGACAUCUACCGCGGCAAGAUCUCCAAGCUCGCCCUCCAGCGCUCCAUCAUCUGCCCCAAGUGCGAAGGCCGCGGCGGCAAGGAAGGCGCCGUCAAGCGCUGCGCCGGCUGUGACGGCCACGGCAUGAAGACCAUGAUGCGCCAGAUGGGUCCCAUGAUCCAGCGAUUCCAGACUGUCUGCCCCGACUGCAGUGGCGAGGGAGAGACCAUCAACACGAAGGACCGUUGCAAGCACUGCAGCGGUAAGAAGACUGUCGUCGAUCGCAAGGUUCUCCACGUUCACGUCGAUCGCGGUGUUAGGAGCGGCAAGAAGGUUGAGUUCCGUGGCGAGGGUGACCAGGCGCCUGGCAUCCAGGCCGGUGAUGUCGUCUUCGAGAUUGAGCAGAAGCCCCACGCGCGCUUCACUCGCAAGGAGGACGAUCUGCUGUACAAGGCUGAGAUCGAGCUCGUGACAGCUCUGGCUGGUGGAACCAUUUUCGUCGAGCACCUCGAUGACAGGUGGCUGAGCAUCGACAUUCUGCCUGGCGAGGCUAUCUGCCCUGAUGCUGUCAAGAUGGUUCGCGGCCAGGGUAUGCCCUCCGAGAGGCACCACGACCACGGCAAUAUGUACAUCCAGUUCAGCGUCAAGUUCCCCGAGAAGAACUGGAUGCAGGAUGAGGCUUCAUUCGAGGCCCUCCGCAAGCUGCUUCCCGCCCCCAGCCUCCAGACCGUCCCGCCUCCUGAUGGCAUGACCGAGCCCGCAGAUCUCGAGGACAUCGAGACGCAAUCCCAGGCUCGCGUCUUUGGCGGCGGCGCUGGCGGCGGCUCCAUGGAGGAGGAUGACGAGGACGGCCACCCACACGGCGAGCGCGUGCAGUGCGCUUCUCAGUAA